AUGCCUCCCAAGCCCGCUGCCGCCGAUACGACGGUCUACAUAAUCAACGGCGUCCCCGUAACCGCUAGCGACCUGAAGCUCCUCUGCGGCAUUAUGUCCAGCCUCACCGCGCCCAUCCAGGCCGACCUUGAGGCCGCCGCCGCUGCCUCGGGCUACACCGUCGGGUCCUUCAAAAAGAUGUGGCCUGCUUUUAAAAAGAAGGUCAACAUUGAAAGUGUUAGUGGCAACAAGUCUGCUGCCACUGUUGCCGUUGCUGCAGCUGUGGACGACAACGGCGAGCCCGUUGCCACUCCCCAGAAGACCCCCGGUGGCGUUCGCGGUGGCGGCCGCGGCCGCUCCGCCAAGAAAUACGAUGCCAUCGCCAUGGUUGUCGACAGCGGUGGCCCGUCUCCCUUGACUCCUGGCGUUCCUGACGGAAUGGAUGCUCUCUCUGUUAUCGACGCUGGCACUGGCUUCGAGACUCCCGACACUCCAUCCAAGUCCACCUUCGGUGGCAUGAGCACCACCGUUUCGUCCAAGAAGCGCAUCGCUGCUGAGCAGACUGAUGCUGAUGCGGAUGCCAUCGCCAUGGAGGAGGAAACUCCCGCCAAGAAGAAGAAGCCGGUUGCUCGCAAGCCUCGCGUCACGGCCAAGAUGAAGAGGGAGGCGGCUGCGGCUGCUGAAGCCGCUCUUCUUGCCGAGUCUCUCUCGUUUUAUGAUCAUGAGGAGUAUGAGCUUGAGCAUCAGAAGCAUGACCCUGACCCCGCCGCCGAUGGUGAUCCCACUGACGAUAAGAUCGACACUAUCCUGGCCGGUGAAGAUGGUUUUGGCUCUCACUCCCAGGCUGAGGGUGAUGAUGUCUUCACUGAUGCUUGCGAGAUUUAA